CACCUGAUGCUGUUGUCGCCGUUGCUGCGAAGCAAGUUGACGAGUCGCACAGCGACCUUGUAAAAAACAUAUUUAAUAAUGUGCGGCAGCUUCACCAUAACUUUGAAGUUUCAACCACAUUACCUCUGAGGCUCACAAAGUGUGACAUGUUGUCCACGCUCUCAGGAAAGAAGAAAUGCUUUUAUCAGAGUGUGGUAAGCAAAAGCAUGGAUGAGGUUGUUGAAAUUGCUUUAGCAACAAGGCGGCAAGCAUCAGUGACAAGAUGGCACACAGAACGCCGUCUGCGGAUAACAAGCAGCAGUGCACACCGCAUCAAAACCAGGCUCAACAACUAUGAAACUCUGGCAAGUUCCCUCGUGAGGCCAAAGUUCUUCUCAUCUGCUGCAACUUCUUAUGGAAAACAAAUGGAAACUGAAGCCAGAGCAGAGCUGUCCACAGCACUUGGCGCUGUCAUCCAUGAAGUUGGCCUUUUCAUCCACCCGGAGCAACCCUGGCUAUGCUGCAGCCCAGAUGGCAUUCUGGAUUCAGAUGGCAGAAUGUAUCUGGUCGAGAUAAAGUGCCCAUUUUCUUUAAAGGAUAAGAAACUUAUCGACCAUGAACACGAAGAAAGCUUCGUGCCAUACAUACACUAUGUGAAUGGCCAACUUCGUCUGAAGAAGACGCAUCAGUAUUAUUCUCAGAUGAUGAUUAUGCUGUACAUUUUAGGUAUCGGAGAAGCGUUUCUUUAUAUUUAUUCAUCACAGCAAAGCAUCACUGUAUGUGUACAGCGCGAUGAAGCAUUCCUCGCAGAAUAUGUGCCCAAACUUGAGACCUUUUAUUUUAAACAUUUCUUAAGUGAGAUAGUUAAGCACACUUGA